AUGGGUGAAUGCCCAGUACACAAGUCGGCCAAUGUGGCUGGCCACGGCACUCGCAACCGUGACUGGUGGCCCGAGAACUUGAAGCUCAAUAUUCUGCGCCAGCACACCGAGGCAACCAACCCAAUGAACAAGGACUUUGAUUAUGCGACUGCUUUCAAGAGCCUCGACUACUAUGCCGUCAAGAAGGACCUAAAUGACCUCAUGACUGACUCCCAGGAGUGGUGGCCCGCGGACUUUGGCCACUACGGUGGUCUCUUUAUUCGUAUGGCAUGGCACAGUGCUGGUACCUACCGCGUCUUCGACGGCCGUGGUGGUGCCGGUCAGGGCCAGCAGCGCUUUGCUCCUCUCAACAGCUGGCCCGAUAACGUUUCCCUCGACAAGGCUCGCCGCCUGUUGUGGCCCAUUAAGCAAAAGUACGGUAACAAGAUCUCUUGGGCCGAUCUGUUGGUCCUGGCUGGUAACGUUGCCCUGGAGUCCAUGGGCUUCAAGACCUUUGGUUUCGCCGGUGGCCGUGCCGACGCUUGGGAGGCCGAUGAGUCGGUUUACUGGGGUAAUGAACUGGAGUGGCUCACCAAUGAUGCCCGUUACAAGCCCGAGAACGAGCAAGAUGCCGCCAAGCAGAGUGACAUCCGCACUCGUGAUCCCGAGGACCCCCUCGCUGCCGUCGUCAUGGGUCUGAUCUACGUGAACCCCGAGGGUCCCGAUGGCAACCCCGACCCCGUUGCUGCUGCCCGUGAUAUCCGCAUCACUUUCGGUCGUAUGGCCAUGAACGAUGAGGAGACCGUCGCCCUGAUUGCCGGAGGCCACAGCUUUGGUAAGACUCAUGGUGCGGCGAGCGCUGAAAACGUUGGCAAGGAGCCCGAGGGCGCCGGCAUUGAGCAGCAGGGCUUUGGCUGGACCAACGCUCACGGCACUGGUAAGGGUCCUCAUACCAUCACUUCUGGUCUGGAGGUGACAUGGACCCGUACUCCUACCAAGUGGGGCAAUCAGUUCCUUGAGUAUCUCUUCAAGUAUGACUGGGAGCUCACAAAGUCCCCCGCCGGUGCCAACCAGUGGGUGGCCAAGACUAACGACGAGCCCAUCCCCGAUGCUUAUGACGCGAACAAGAAGCACAAGCCUAAGAUGCUGACCACUGAUCUGUCUCUGCGCUUUGAUCCCGCCUACGAGAAGAUCUCUCGCCGCUUCCUGGCCAACCCUGACCAGUUCGCCGACGCUUUCGCCCGUGCCUGGUUCAAGCUUAUCCACCGUGAUUUGGGUCCCCGCGCCCGCUGGCUCGGCCCUGAGGUCCCCAAGGAAAUUCUCUUCUGGGAGGAUCCCGUCCCUGCUGUUGACCACCCUCUGAUCGAUGCUGAGGAUGCUGCUGACCUCAAGCGCCACAUCUUGAGCUCCGGUGUUGAGCCCACCAAGUUCAUCUCUACCGCUUGGGCCUCUGCCUCCACCUUCCGUGGCGGUGACAAGCGUGGUGGUGCUAACGGUGCCCGCAUCCGCCUUGCUCCCCAGAACAACUGGAAGGUCAACAACCCUGCCCAACUCGUUGAGGUCCUGAGCGCCCUGGAGGAGAUCCAGCGCAAGUUCAACAGCUCCCAGACAGGCAACAAGCGGGUGUCGCUGGCCGACCUCAUCGUUCUAGCCGGCUGCGCCGCCCUGGAGAAAGCCGCCGGUAUCCCCGUCCCCUUCACUCCCGGUCGUACGGAUGCCAGCCAGGAGGACACCGAUGUCGAGUCCAUGCGCUACCUCGAGCCCGUUGUCGACGGUUUCCGCAACUACGGCAACUCCUCUAAGCGCAUCCACAGCGAACAGAUUCUUGUCGACCGCGCUCAACUCCUCACCCUCACCGCCCCCGAGAUGACCGUCCUGGUCGGUGGUCUGCGUGUCCUGAACGGCAACUACGACCACUCCAACCUGGGUGUCUUCACCCAGCGCCCUGGCCAGCUGACCAACGACUUCUUCGUCAACCUGCUUGACAUGAACACCGUCUGGAAGCCCACAGACAGCAAACACGAGACCUUCGAGGGUUUCGACCGCAAGACCGGCGCCAAGAAGUGGGAUGCCAGCCGUGUCGACCUCAUCUUCGGCCACCACGCCGAGCUGCGUGCCCUGGCUGAGCUUUACGGCUCUUACGACGGCCAGACCAAGUUUGUGGGCGACUUUGUGGCGGCCUGGGAUAAGGUCAUGAACCUGGACCGCUUUGAUGUCAUUUACGGGGGCAACCAGGGCCGUGCUCGUCUUUAA